GAGUUUACUUUUUUUUGCAACUCUGCCCAUAAAGUGACCUUGAGCUCAGUUUGUUUCAGCGAGACAACACACACCUUGUCUCUUCUGAGAAGUGUGUGACUGUGUUUGUGCCUGUGUGUGUGUGGGUGUGUGUGUGUCAUUGGAUGGGAAAGAUGAACAGAAGAUCCACUAAAGAAAAGGAUGCUAAUGGACAUCCAAGUGCGUCCAAAAGCAAGAAGGUGGAACUGGGGAAGAAAGUUACUUUGCUCUCAGGGAUCUCCGUCAUCACGGGCACCAUCAUUGGUGCUGGCAUCUUCAUCUCUCCAAAGGGAAUCCUCCAACAUUCGGGGAGCGUUGGAAUGUCUUUGAUUGUGUGGAUUGCUUGUGGUGUGCUUUCACUCUUUGGAGCUUUGUCUUAUGCGGAGCUGGGAACUUGCAUUCGGAAAUCUGGUGGACAUUACACGUACUUACUGGAGGCUUUUGGCCCACAGGUGGCUUUCAUAAAUCUGUGGGCUAACCUUGUGGCUAUCAGGCCUGCUGGGAUGGCAGUCAUCUCUCUGGCAUUUGGUCAGUACAUCUUGGAGCCUUUGUUCACACCCUGUGGUGUGCCACCUCUUGCUGUCAAACUGGUCACGGCCGUUGGACUCACGUCAGUCAUGGUCACCAAUAGUAUGAGUGUGACGUGGACAGCCAGGAUUCAAAUUGUCCUAACCUUCUGCAAGCUGGUGGCCCUCAGUUUGAUCAUAUUCCCUGGAUUAUACUACCUCUUCAAAGGGGACUCCAACAACUUUGAAAAUGCCUUUGAACUGAACAAAGUGAAGAUUUCGUCUUUGCCUCUGGCCUUCUAUUCUGGGAUGUAUGCAUAUGCUGGGUGGUUUUACCUUAAUUUUGUCACAGAAGAAAUUGAUCAUCCUGAGAGGACGGUGCCUUUGGCUAUCUGUAUCUCCAUGGGGAUUGUGAUGACCUGCUAUGUGCUAAUCAAUUUGGCGUACUACACAGUGAUGACAGCCGACGAACUCCUAUCCUCAGAAUCAGUCGCUGUGACAUUUGCAAAUAAAGUGAUGGGAGAUUUGUCAUUAGCAGUACCUGUAUUUGUGGCCUUGUCGUGCUAUGGUUCCAUGAACGGCUGCGUCUUGGCCCUGUCAAGAACGUUUUUGGUUGCAUCACGAGAAGGACAACUACCUGAUGUUUACUCAAUGAUUCACCUGCGUCGAAACACUCCAAUACCUGCCGUCCUCAUACUGUAUCCACUGACGCUUCUCCAGCUGUUUGUGGGAGACAUCUACAGCCUGCUAAACUUUAUGAGCUUCCUGCGGUGGCUAUCAAUUGGUGUGGUGGUGGUUGGUUUGAUCUACCUUCGAUACACUCAGCCUGACCUGCCACGCCCCUUUAAGGUGCCGAUCUUCAUCCCAGUGGUGUUCAGCUUGACUUGCUUCUUCAUGGUUUUCCUCUCUCUAUACUCGGACCCAAUCAACACAGGAACUGGAUUUGCCAUUUCCCUAACAGGGAUCCCGGCCUACUACAUCUUUAUUCGCUUCGACUGCAAGCCUAAGUGGUUAAAAACGACUUUAGAUUCUAUCAACAGAACCGUACAGAUUCUCCUGGAGGUGGUUCCUGCUGACCAAUAACUGCAUGCACAUCCCACAUUAAUACAACUACCAUACAUUCCUACAAUAAACACACAUUAAUACAAUAAAUACACUUUAACACAGUAAACACACAUUCAUACAAUAUAUACAUAAUACAACUUCUGUGCGUAAACGGAAUCAAUGAUUCUGAUGCAUCAGUGAUAAAAUACCCUGUCCUUAUUAGGAAUGUAGCGGCACUGUAAAGAUUGCAGUAUUUCAGUUUCAAUAAGUUUGCAAUAAUGCUUUGAAACGUGACAGUAUCAACUGAGACCUGGGAGUUCUUUCAUUAGUGUAGCUUUUUUUUGGCACUAUUUCGAAAUUAAUAAAAAAAAAAAAAAACACUUUGCAGACAGUCCCAGAAAGAAUACAAACAAUAGGAUAAGGUCCAUCACACAUAAAUUAUUGCUGUGAAUCCAAGAAGCAAAGAAACUUCAAUUUUUGAUUUAAUUUAACUAAGUUUUCCUCAUGACAACUUAUUACUACCAUAAAUAUGAAUACAACAUUUGUGCUUGAUUAGAGUACAUGUGUUCAUCAUUAACAUUACUGGCACUUAAUUUUUCACACUAAAGGAUUUUUCCCAAAGUCAUCUUUUUAUUCGAGAAUACUGCAAUAAGAUUAUCAUUUUGAUACUUCUCUCAUCAAAAUCCACAAAAAACGUAAUUUGGGGUGCUGUUGUAUAUUUUACUCAACCAAUGAGUAUAUUUUACAUCACAUCUGAGGUCCUCUCCAAGGUUUCUCAUAGUCAGCAUUGUCACUGGCAUCCCACUGGAUGUGAAUUCUCCCUGCCCACUGGGUGUGAGUUUUCCUUGCCCUUUUGUGGGUUCUUCCGAGGAUGUUGUAGUCGUAAUGAUUUGUGCAGUCCUUUGAGACAUUUGUGAUUUGGGGCUAUAUAAAUAAACAUUGAUUGAUUGAUUGAUUGAUUGAUUGAUUGACACCUGUACAAUAUUACAAAUAUACACAUGUCAUUACAUAGAAAUGUUUUGUUUUCUCUGUAUUUGUUUAUUAAAAACCUUUUACAAUUUGAGUGGAUUUUGAUGGCCAUAAAGGUCUUCCAAGGUCAUGAUGAAAAUUAUGAGGGUAUGAGGUAGGUUUCAUAAUUUGUUGAUUGCUAUUCUGAAUGUUGCUGGGUUGGGUUUGGUUGUGGAACUGAAAUUGUAUUACCAUGGUAUUUUUGUUUAUUAUUUUGUUGGACUGAUUAAUUACAAAAAUAAAAAAAAAGGGAAGUUAGGGGGCUAUGAAUGGUUCCAUCCAGGCAAGGCAGAGUUGUUCGAGGAACUUGAAGGUGACACAGAAGAGUGAAAUAGGGCGGUAGUUCUUUUGGGUAGUUUGUAGGUUUGUUUGUUUUGGCAGAGCAAUGACAGUAGCCUUCCGCCAGAUCUUGUGUAUCAACUGACAGAGGAGACAUUAGGAAUAGAAGCCCUGGAGUCAGUCUAGCCAUUUCUGGCCUCAGUAUAAAAAUAACUCAGGUGGGAUGUUAUCAGGGUCUCUCCACUCUUUAUUUAACUGAUGGUAUUAGGGACUUUUUCAGCUGAGAAUAACUUCUCUUAUUGAUGGAGUUUAUUAAUCAUUUGCAUACAAUGUGCAAUGUCACAUUUUUGUUUCAGAAGCUAAAACAAAAUGGGUGUUUUCUAGAAGGAUGCUACUGCACUGAUGUGGUCGCUAUAAGCAAUUUCUUUAAUGAAUUAUUAAUUAAUUAAAAUUCAACAUCCUGUGAAGCCGAGUCAAAGUCUCGUUUUUCAUAACAAUUGAAUACAAAUUCAAACUGCCCUAAAAUGCGUAAAGACUUACAAUAUGAAUAAAGGUACAUUUACAUGAGGGUUGUCUCGAUGCAACUUUUUCACUUCCAAUGCGACACCAAUAUUGGAGCCUUAAGUAUUAUAGUAACAGUAUGGAUCCAACACGAUAUCAGCAGAAAUCAUUCAUACUUUUAUUUUAUGCUGUGGAAUGCUAGAAAAGGUUCAAUCAAGUGAAAUGGUGGGUAUAAAAAACACUAACCUAUUUUUUAUUAAUGUCUGAAAUGAACUUAGCUGUCCCUAAAUUUAUUUGGAGGGGUAAUUGUUUUUUGGCGAGACUUUGUAAGUUGAAUGGUACGGAAACGUUUAUUAGCGAUUACUUUCUAAUACACUUUCUGGAUGUGUAUGUAAUAUGCAACUAUAAUUAUAUUUGAUAUUUAUAGUGACAAACGUGUUGUUUUAGACUUUAAUAUUGUGCCAUUAAGGACACUUAUUAGGUAUGUUUAGUUUCUGUGCUAUUGUGUGCUUAGCUGUUGUGUAGCUCCUAGCUCCUAGUGGCCUACCUUUUUUAAAUGGCUUGACUAAAAUACUAGAAAAGACUAACCUAAUGUGCUUAUUGAAGAGCAUUUAGGCAUUUAGAUGUAAACAGGCUUUCCAUCUUUGCACAAGUAAACACACUUGCAGGACUGCUUGCAUCGUAGAUGAUAUCACACAUUUAACAUGCAAGCACAUAUAGUUACAAAAUAGAUUUUUAACAUCGGACCGAUAGCUGAAACCAAUAUCGAAUAAGGGCAGCUCUAAUUUACAUUUUAUAUUUACGUCUUGUUGCUUAUGAGGUGAAUUGGAUAUUGAAAUAUUGGAACGCUAUGUAAUUAAUGCAUUUUAAAAAAGGGGUUUCAAGCAACUCAAUUUAUUUUGUUAAAUCAGUCUGUCCAGAAGUUUUCAAUUUAUUUAUUUUUUGAUUGAUGUACUUUAAAAUGCUUGAAUUUGUUGCAGAUUUUUCAGAAAGUUGCAGCAAAAGUUGUAACGUUUUAUGGCCUGUGUUUUGCCAAUCACAUUGAAAUAAUUUGGGAUUUUGUGAACUUGAUAGCAAUAAUUUAAGUGCUCCUUGGAACCUUACUUCAAAAAACACAGAUUGCAACACAAACCAUAAGUUACUGUACUGAUGUUUUACUUGUUUUAUACCACACAGACCUAAUAGCAGACACUAGAUGGCAGAAAAAGCACACACUUACAGAAAGAUACGCCACCAAAGGCUUCUUCAUCGUUUCUGUCUGCUCUGCUGUCCACAAGUUACAGACACUCUCUGUGUAUGUUUUAUGCCCAAAAAAUGUUUGGGUAAAAAUGUUGGAUCACGAAUGAGUGUUAAAGAUUGACAAACACAUUAAAACCAUUUGUGAACUGUU